CAAGAUAGUAGAAGGGACGUAACUCUUCUUCUAAUUGGAACUCUCCUGUGUAUGACACAAUAUGACAACGUGAUUUGUUACUUCGUAAAAAUGUCUACCAGGAAGAGUAGAGAUGUCUCUGAAUUGAGUUGUCGAGGGAACGAUUUCUUACGUUUUCUUGAGACACAACAUCAACAGGUAAAUGGCCUGAAAAAGACAGAUUUACAGACAAUAUAUAAUACAGAAUAUCUUACAUAUCGUUGCCAGAUUCACCCCGAAGAAUCUAGUAUUGACUUUGAUAUAGUGUUUCAGAGUCUCAUUGACAACUCAGUAUUACAUCUGGAGGGAGAUGUGCUUCAGCAACUUCACAAACAGAGUGCAAAUGAAUAUUUCUAUAGAAAUUCAGGUGCAUCAAAUUUCUAUCAAAGGCAGCCAACAUAUUCAGACAUUUGCAACCCAGGUUCACAAAGUGCAGCUAUUUCACUGGGAAGAAAUGAAAAUUUUAGUGACAAAGGUGCAAAACCAAAGAAGAAAAUGCAAGGAAAGCUAGUAGUAGACCAACAUACUGCCUUAAACUUUAAUAAAUUCCCCUCAGGAACUCGGGAUCAAGCUAGCAGUGAAUCCAGGGGAAAUUUGGCAGCUCCAUUUAGCCCCACACUCAAUAAUCUUCCUAAGUAUGUGUCUUAUAAGAAUCAAAUUUAUGAGUGUUCUCCAUGUGGGGCUAAGUGUACAUCGGGUGGAGAACUGCACCGUCACCUGGAAGGUCGUCGUCACAGACUCAGUGUGAUCACAAUGAAACUGAAAAAAGAAAGGGAGGAUCUCAUACAAGACAAAAAUAGCAUACAGAUCAAGGCUGACUGUGAUCGAAAAAAUGGCACCUACUUCCUCGAUCUGAAAGAAGGAGAAGAAAGAACUAUCAAUAUAACCAUCAAAAACACUUCCUCAGAGGACAUGAUAGAACUUGUCCACUGCGAGAUGCUGAAACGGAUCCGAGUAUUUACUUUGUAUGAUGAAAAAGAUGUCACAGAACAACAAAACAAAGUGACAAUUUUGCCUGACUCUACGUACAAGAUAAGGAUAUCAGCGAUGGCGAAGAACGUUGGCAACUAUCAUGCCCCUUUAGGUUUCCAUUUCAACCUUGGUGGGCAUGAAUUCCAUAUCGUCAAGUUUAUCCAUGCCAAAUGUAAAAGUGCCAUCACAGACACAGUGAAAUCCACCAAGCCAUACAAACGUCCUCGGCAGUCAUGGCGGAGAGAGGCAGCGGAAAUCGUGGAGGGAUACCCACUACCAAAAUGGUGUGGAGACAACCUACCCAAAACUUUAGCUCUACAAAGAUACCGCAUUCCAGAACCGCUCAGGAAAAUCAUCAACCGUGGUCUCAACCUUAGUCUGGAGAGAUACAGCGAGACUGAUAGGGCAGAACUUACAAUACUCAAGAGUAUUCUUGAGAAACCACUUGAUUUUGAAAACUAUGACAAACGGUUUUCUGCAUUGAAUCACUUUGAGGAGACACAGAUGGAGGUUGACAUCCGUAAAUACGAUAUGGAGGCUGUCCCCAUGAAGGAGUGUCCGAACAAUCGCAGACUACUGCGGUUAGAGGUACCCGGCCUGUCUGAGAAUCGUCCGUCAGUACUGAGAGGGGAUUGGUUGUAUGUCAGAAUCUGUGUAGAGGGAAGCAAUGCUGACAGAGAGUAUCAGGGAUACGUCCAUGAGGUCAGGCAGAAUGAAGUGGCCCUGGGAUUUAAUAAAAAAUUGAUGGAUCAGUAUGUCAGGGGCAUGAAGUUCAAUGUUCGUUUUGUCUUUAAUCGACUACCUCUGCGCCUCCAGCACAGGGCAGUUGCGUUAGCUAAAGAUGAAGGACUCCAGGACGUUCUUUUUCCUGCACCAAAGACCAUUUGUAAUCGAAGUGUGAACAUCGUAGCCCAACCUCUUGUAUUUUACAACAAGGAUUUGGAGAACAAUAAGGAACAGGCGAUCGCCAUUAAUAACAUCCUUAUUGGAAUGUCACGUCCAGCUCCAUACUUGGUGUUUGGUCCACCUGGGACAGGUAAAACUGUCACCAUUGUGGAAGCCAUGAUGCAGAUAUGGAAAAAUUUCAAAACAAAGUGCCGUAUCCUGGCCUGUGCUCCGUCCAACAGUGCUGCUGAUCUCAUUGCCACUCGUCUUCUCAAGAUACAUGUAAUCCCAAAAAAUGACAUAAUAAGACUGAACGCAUUCUCAAGGUCAUGGGAUUCUAUUCCAAGUGAAGUGAAGGAAAUAAGUAACUAUGACCGUAGCACGUGUCAGUACUUUUAUCCUGGCCAGGAGACGAUCCAGGAAUACAAGAUCAUCAUAUGUACACUUGUUACUGCGGGCAGGCUUGUGUCUGCAAAUUUUCAAAGUUGCACCUUUUCACAUUUCUUUGUGGAUGAGUCUGGCCAUGCUGUAGAGCCUGAGUGUAUCAUUCCAUUGGCUGGAAUCUUGACAAAUGACCCACAGUUAAAGUGUGGACAAGUGGUACUUGCUGGUGACCCCAAACAGUUAGGGCCAAUCCUCCGAUCACCUUUCGCCCUGCAAUACGGACUAGGUGAAUCCUUGCUGCAGCGCUUCAUGUCAAAGUGUGAAGUAUAUAAGAGAGGCAAUACACAAUCUGGAAAUGAAUACGACACCCGAAUUAUAACUAAACUGCUGAGAAACUACCGUUCACAUCCAGCAAUUUUGAAACUUCCAAACCGUAUGUUCUAUGAAGGAGAGUUGGAUAGCUGUGCUGAUAUAGGCAAAAGAGAAACUUACUGUGGCUGGGAAGGUCUUCCAAAGAAAAACUUCCCUGUUAUAUUUCAUGGGGUCAUCGGUCAGGAUGAGCGGGAGGAGAGAAGUCCAUCAUUUUUCAAUGCAGCAGAGGUUGACAAAGUCUGGUCAUACAUCCAACUGCUAUUGCAGUACAAAGGCUACAAGGUGAACCCAAAAGAUAUUGGAGUUAUCUCCCCAUACAGGAAGCAGGUCCAGAAAAUACAGGCCUUACUGAGGAAAAAGUCCAUGACUGAAAUAAGUGUAGGGUCAGUAGAGGAAUUCCAAGGUCAGGAGCGAUUGGUCAUCAUUGUAUCCACAGUCCGCAGCAACCCGGACUACCUCUCUCUUGAUAUCAAAUACAAAUUGGGAUUCUUGAAAAAUGAAAAGAGAUUCAAUGUGACCUUGACCAGAGCAAAGGCCUUACUAAUUGUCAUUGGAAAUCCCCAGACACUGUCACACGAUGAGCACUGGAAAAGCUUCAUCGAUUACUGUAAAGAGAAUGGGGGAUACACAGGAAUCUCGUGUGAGUCGGAGGAGGAGGAGUUACAGGACAUGGAAGAAAGGCUACAACUCAUGAAACUCUGGGACCACGAUGAAGUGGAAAAUACAGCCAAGUUUGUACAGGAUUAUGGUAUCCGCAAUGAUUCCGCCAUAGCUAGGGACAAGUGAUGUGGACCAUCCAUUUAUCAGACAAUACAGUUAAAGAUAGAGGAAUGAACCAGUCCAUCUGAUAAAUGAAUGCUUCGUUCUAGUAGAAUGAACCAGUUCCUCAUGAACAUAUAAUUUGAGAGUUCCAAGGUUGAUACAAUAUGGCGGCUAUUAUGUAAGGUUUUCAUUUUAGAUGUUGGCCAAGAUAAACAUAGACUUAUGUGUAACCAUUUAAGCUGAGAGUAAUGCAUUCAAAGUCCAAUUGACAUCAUAAAAGUAAAACUUGAAAAUGAAGAUGUCAUUUCAUGCUGUGUGUCAGAUUUACUGGCUGGACUCUGGAGGCCAUUGGCAGGAAACUUAACUAAUUUAUCUUUAGAUUUACAGGUUAGGGAAUGUAAUUGGGACCAAGCUGAGUUAGCAGACCAGUUCCUACCUGGCCUAAUUAGAAUAUUGUGAUACAUGGAAUACAUAAAGUUACUUUGAUGCUUAUUCUCAAUACAAUGUGAUAUUAGAUUGUUUUUUACUAAUGAAGUAUAUUUGUUUUAAUUUUUGACAAUUUGAUAACUUUUCUGUGACUCUUGUCUCCAUUACUAACAGUAACUUAUUUCCCCAUUGACUAUUGAUAAAAGAAAUUUUGUUUUAGACUGUUUAUUAUCCAUAUUACAAAUUUUUAGACUACACAUAAAUUAUACAUGUAGAAUCUACUAGAAUUUGUCACCGAUGUUUUUUUAAUUUCAUAUCUGAAUGGUGUAGUUCUUAUUUUAUGUUUUAGAAUUUUUGUUACAAAAAAGGAAAUCCCUCUUGUGGAUUUGAUAUCUGCAGGUGUGAAAUUUCAAGCCAUGCAUUUACCUGGUAUGGAUACUUAACAUGAAAUAGAAUAUUCUCAAAUCUAUUAUUUAAUUUGGUUAAAUUGUUUACUUCCUGAUUAUAAAUUGUAAGAAAAGUAAAGGAAGGAAAUAUAUUGUUGAUGAUAUAGAUACUAUUAUUACUGGUUUAAGAUUUUAAAAUUAUUUGAAAAAAUAUAAAUGAGUCAUAAUUUAUUUUUUUAAAAAUCUUUCAUUUAGAAUUUUAAAACACAAUUUUUAACAACAUAAUUUUACCUAUUUUUUCUCUUAUGGUGUUAUGGUUUGAUUUUACCCGUUUUUGGAAAGCUUGUAAGUCCAAAAAUAUACACCUCACACCUUUCUAAUUUGGUCUAUACAUGCAUUAGAGGUCCAGGAGUGAUGUUAUGGCAAAAUCAUGCAGAAAAAAAAUUGUGAAUUUUUUACACCCUUCUAAUUUGGUCUAUACAUGCAUUAGAGGUCUAGGAGUGAUGUUAUGGCAAAAUCAUGCAGAAAAAAAUUGCUAUUUUUUCGCAUUUUACCAUUUUGUGGACUUAACUUUUUUGGCACCAAAAUCCACUUUAAAGAUUUUUGGGAAACUUGUUAGUCCACACCCUUCUGAUUCGGUUUAUACAUCCAUUAGAGGUCUAGGAGUGAUAUUAUGUGACGUAAAAUUUCAAAAUGACAUAAUUAUACAUACAUUAAAAAUGAGUGCAUAGUGUGAUUGCUACUGCCGGUAAGCUUCGCAAUCAUUGAUUGCACUUGUUUGUUUGGUUAAAACAUCAAAGAUUUGUUUACCAGGUAAUUCUUGUUUGCAUAUCAUCAAAGAAUGUUAGCUUCUUAAAAAGAAAACAAUGAUUAUCUUAAUAUUUACUUUUGACUCUGUAGGUAUCGUAAAAAUCAUAAAAUUGUGAGGUCUUAAUGCCUAUAUUAUCAAUUGAAUGAUUAAGUAAUGAAAUAUCAUUUAUUACCAGAUCCUUUGUUAAUAAGGUAUGGAUUCAUUUAUUUUGAAAUAAAAAUAUUUACGUAGAUAGAAAAUAUAGGGUUUUUUGUAUAAUUUUGUAAUCCAGAUUCUAUCUAUAUGAUUAUACAAAUAUAGAAAAUACUUAAAUUACUUUUGUAAAUGUAGGUCUAGUUAUAAUUGUAAUAUUUAAGUGAAAAAUCUAGGACUAAAAAAGUUUUUAAGUUUACAUUAAAUACGAUGAUUUUACAAUGAAGUAUUAUCAAAACAAGUCAUGAAAGUAGUUUUUAAAAGUAUGAAUAUUUUCAUACAUUUGUAAAAUAUUUUUCCUUUGAAAUGUUAAGAAUGUAAACACGGACAUGAUCAGGUCCAUUUCCGAUGUGGUCCAUUCAGGUGGGCUUGCCUGGAACAUUCUGUGUAAUUCAUUACGAUUGUUUGUUAAAGAUUUGGUUCUUGGAAAAGUGCUAGUAGUGAGAAGUGUAAUAAGCUGGAGAUCAGGGUCCAGUUGUUCAUUAAAGUGAUUAGAAUAAUCACUGUUUUACUCCUGAUUACAUUACUUUAGUAUUUCAGGCAAAACUUACUUGACAAAUUUAAUGAAAAUAUAGUACUUUUUAGAUUUUCCUACCUGCCAGUUUUAAGGAGUACACACACAAAAGAUUUGAAGAGAAGCAGAAAUGAGAUUUUCACUAAGUAUUAUGAAGCUGAUAACCUUCUGAACAACUGGGCCCAGAUGAUUAAACACAAAGUCAUGGCCUAUUUAUUAUGAUAAUUUGUUUUCUGGCUUUAAGGAAGCAAGAGUAUUGAACAGGUGAUAAUUAAGAUCAACUAGCAGUUACCUGUAUCAGUAUUGAAAGUAGUUCUGUAAAGCCUGAAAUACGGACCAGAAUUUUCACUCUGGCCAAAGUUAUCUUUUUUGAUAAUUCCAAUAAAUCUAUCUUUAGUAUUCAAUAUAACAAUGAAUUCAGUAAUCUUCUGAACCGAUUUACAUUAUGCUGACUUGUUUUAUUUUUAUUUGUAUACAUGUAUUUUCAUACAAGAUGAAUAUAUUGUACAUACUGUUUGCAUGGUACUGAAUUUUUAAUGCCAAAGAACUCAGCAUUAACAUGACAUACAAAUGUAUACCUUUUCCUAGCAAUUUCCAUUUUUUACACCUAGAAUUAGUGUAUUGCCAACAACGGAAUGCUAUAUAGAAAAUAAAAUAAGCACUUACAUUCCUGAUAAUCAUCCUUAUAGAUUUGAAAUAAUUCCAUAGAACUUGUAAAUUCUGUCUUAUAUCGAGGAUUUUACGUCAGCUGAAAGAUAUCACAAUCACAUAUUUCCACACACGUUUCCGGAGAUCUGUUUCGUUAAAAUGAGGAAAUUCACCAUUUCAAAUAUAUCACCCACACCACAUGAAAUGGUAAAUAUAAAAUGUUUUAACGAAACGUCCAAUGUCAUAACAUCCAAUACAUCACUAGUACUGGAGAUGUAUUCUAUUAUUCUAUCAUGUAUUGUCGUAAAAGGAAAUAUGUUUGAAUACAUAGAGGAUAGCUAACAGUGUCUUCAGUAAUACCAAAGUAUUAGCUGCACGAGUGAAGCGUUUGGUAUUACUGAAGAUACUGUUAGAUAUUCUGUUUAUUACAUUUUAUAGCAAAAUAUACCGAGGCAGCUCAAUCUCUCCCAGAAUUCAUUGCGGUCCUCUGUCAACGGCUCACACAUUUUUACCCCAAAUAGUGUCGUUUUGUAUUCUUUCUUGCAGUCCUUACCUGUCCUCGAGGUCUUCAUUUCCAUACCUUACCUAGUUAAUUCACAGACUUAUAUAAAAGAUAUUUGUCCGUAGUCAUGUGUGGUGGCGAUACUGUUUAUCGUAAUUUAUUAUAGAUGCAUUUGCUUGUCAUGAAUUACAUAUAAUGCUGAUUUGAAUGUAAUACAUAGUACUAUGUUGAAAUAGUAUGUGUCAAUUUUAUAAAUUAUUGUCUUAUUUACCAGUGUGAAACAAAUGAAUUGACCAUUAUACAUGUUUGAUGUUUUGAUUAUUUAGUACACGUAUGCUUUGUCCACUAAACUAUAUUUCCCUGCGCAGUGAUUUAUAUUAUUUGCUAUUACAUGUAGUGAAGUCGUCCGCAAUCGCAUGACCAUGCAACUUUCCGGAACUUUGAAUUUUUUCCUUUUUUGUUUUAUUGGAAUUAUAACUUAUUAACAAAUGUUUUACAUUUAUUCUCAAACAUCUAAGGUAUUUCAUCGUUAUAUCACAUUGUCUGUGAUCUCUUACUAGAAUUAGAAAUUCUUAUAAUCGUUAGAAUACUUUUUAAUACAUUUAGGCAUUGUGGUUUGAAGCAAAACAAUUGUAAGGUUUGAUGAAUAUCAUACUCGUUGGAAUUAAACACUGAAUUAUCCAAAUGAUGAAAACUAGCAUCAUGAUCACCAGACCGAUAUAUCUGUUCGGGAAGGAAGGCUUUGGACGCGUUAAAUAACUGUAAUCGGCUAUAUUUUAACGCUCUCAGAAUAUAAUGCUUAAGGAUCAACUCUUCUGGGGUAUUCUGUAUGAGGUUUUCAUGGAAAACUGAAAAAAGAAAAAUUUGCGAAAGUAACCCUCACGUGUAUGAUUAGGCCAUCAAAAUCGCGAAAUUAAAUCCCAACGAAAAUAACCUCGUUUACUGUAUCUCUUCUUAAUGCUCUUAGGACUGAGAGAAAGCCUAACACGGCUAACAGGUAACAGCAUGUGAGGAAAAUGACAUAGGGCCUGCUAGUUAAAUAGGGAACAAUAGACGUUUGUCAAAAAUAAUAAAACUCCUCCCAAUGAGAGUAUUUGAAACUUUCCUAGAACUAUUCGGAUAAGCUACUUAAUGUGGCAAGUCUCUUGACAGUCUAUUAAAAAGUAAUUGAUUAUUAAUCUAUACCGAUGAUAAAAUGCGAACCAAACUAAGUGUAUACCGCUUUAUCAGUACAGUAAAAUCCGUGUAAACCUACAUGUAGAUCAAAUUCAAGUUGUGCCUCUUAAACGGAGAGAAGGGGUAGAUAGCAAUGCCCUAGAGGUAAAUAAGGUGUAACAGGCAUAGGAUUCCCAAGUAAUUGUUUUGGAAGAAGUCCUAUUGUUACGCUUUAUUUCGGAUCUAAAGUUACUAGAUAUUUUAUUUCUGUACGAAAUAGACGAGUUUGUUACACUACAAUAAAUACUCAGAAAACGGUAAAUGUACAAAAGUCGUAUCGAUCUGCAGAUAGCUGAUAUAUACAAUGAUUUGAUGAAGUGGAUUUUGUUUACUGGGUUGUGGGGAGAGCAGAACAAACAGCUGCAAUAAUAAAAUAACUACAUUAUAAGCGAACUAGAAACUAUAACUUUGCAAUUCCUUGAAGAUGACUCAUAUGUCAGUGUCAAUAGCAAAAUUUUCAUAACAAAAGAAGUUUCAAUGAAGUUUCAGGGAGGUCAUGAGAGGGACCUAUUUUCAAAAAUAUUCCGGAAAUGUAUAAAAAAAAAAAAUAUAAACAAACACUCAAUGAAUUAUCUCUCCAAAAAACAGUUAAGUUAUCCUGAGAAAUAAUGCUCUCAUUUUAACAAAAUUUCUAAAACAUUUUCUGCAAAGUGAGUGGAUGGCGUAUUUGUCAUGAUCUGCAGUAUAAUAUAAAAUCGUCUGUCACCAUCUACAGUAUAAUAUAAAAUCGUCCGUCACCAUUUAAAGUAUAAUAUCAAAUCGUCUGUCACCAUCUAAAGUUUAAUAUAAAAUCGUCUGUCACGAUCUACAGUAUAAUAUAAAAUCGUCCGUCACCAUCUACAGUAUAAUAUAAAAUCGUCUGUCACCAUCUACAGUAUAAUAUAAAAUCGUCUGUCACCAUCUACAGUAUAAUAUCAAAUCGUCUGGCACCAUCUACAGUAUAAUAUCAAAUCGUCUGGCACCAUCUACAGUAUAAUAUAGAAUUGUCUGUCAAGAUCUACAGUAUAAUAUAAAAUCGUUCACCAUGAUCUAUUCUGUUUCAUCUAUAGAGAGAGAAGUACGACAAUGUACAUGUAGAUGAGCUAGUAGUAUACAUAAUACAUGUAUAACUUAAGGAUGGACACAUUCACUCAUUCACUUCAAGAUAUGCUCAUAGUAUUCUUGGGAAAUAAAUAACACAAUCAAAAAUUAUGUCUCGAGUUUUCAUUAGAAAUAAACCCGCAAUCACGUAUAUUAGACGUGUCUGUGUUUUGAUAACGUUAGAUUACAUUGCUUUUUGUCGAUCGAAUGUGCCAUAUAUUCCUCUUUAUGAUGAUCACAGUUUGUGUCACAAUCUUUAUAGAAUUUAAUACAGUUGUAGACACAAACCCAGGGCCGUUUGUUACUACCAUCGAUGUAGGUAGUUCCAUGUUUAUUCCUUUUAUGUUUAAUAUAUACCUUUUCAUGGAAAAAGAGUCUGUAAUGGCGGCAUAUUUAUUAGUGAAGGUUUGGUACUUCACAGAUUACGAAUUGAGUACUAAAUGUGAAAUCAACAAGUGUACAUGUAGUCAACAACAAAUACCUAACUUUUCCGACACUAUGUCUAAUGCGACUUAGUGUCAGAUUCGAAAGGUUUCACUGUAUAAUAAACCGCUAUCACCAUCAAA